CAGUACUACCACUACUACCUGCACCAAAAGAUGCCCAAAACUCAAGCGCAGAAGCUAUGACUUACCUUGAGCAAGGAGCAGUUCAUGAUGGUUGUUCCUCGUUGGUGCUAUGGAAGGCAUGACGGAUGGGCGAGUUUGGUGGAUAGGUGGCUCGGCGCCGAUGCAGAGUUUGCUGCCAAGAGCAUCAAGGCCCGGGCUAACCGUGGAGACGACGGGACACACGGCCAAGGAAACAGGAACCACUGGGGCUUCAAGGCCAUGAAGGAGGACAAGUUGAAGAGGCCGCUCUCAGACAUGGAGUCGUGGAAGCUGGCCCGCGAGCAGAGUCAUCGCAAGGAGGGCGAGAGCCAGUACUACGGCAAGACCGAGGAGCACCUGGGGUCUUACAUUCAUCACUAUCAGGAGUUGCAUCCGGAUGUUCCUUUUGCUGAGGUCGCCCAGUCUCAGAUCGACGACACGGCGGUGGUGGCCAUCCAGGGGAAGAAGAAUGGCCGUUAG